AUGCACACCAAGAGAAAGUCUUCGCGCUCUAUAAUCAUCGCCAGGCAGAGGCACUCUUCUCUCAUUUUUGUCCCUGAGUGGACUCGCAAAACCUCGCACCACCAGCGACUCAGAAAGAGGCUCGCUUUUUGUUCUCAAGAAUUGGUUGGGAUUUUGUUUGUCCUUGUUGCAAGCUCUCCCCUCGACUCGUCAAAGCUCCCAACAUGGCUCGUGCCCCCCGUAUCCCCAGGCCAAGCACUAAUCCCUAAGUGGCCAAACUGCAGAUUCACAGCCUCCGCCCUCCCAACACGCAGCGGCCCGUACACAGGCCCAUCCCCCGCAACGUCAACAGGCCAUGCCCUGGCCACAGAGCCGUCGCCAUUUACAAGCGCCAUGAGGUGCCUUGUCGAGCCCUGCCUCUGGAUGAGCUGGAACAUGCCCUUGGAUCUCAGAGAGUAG